CUGGUUGAGUUUGACCUUUUAUUAGGUCGUCAGCUCGUGGUAGUUUGCACAGGUAGGCGAGUUACCCAGCUAAGUCUACUUAGGAGUACUGAGGAGCGUUGGGUUUGGUAUCACUUUCUUCCAACAUGCCGUUCGUGGACUUGGAGACCAAUUUGCCUGCAAGUCGCUUCUCCAAUGAGUUUGUGAAGAAACUCUGCUCUGUGACAGCAACCAUCCUUGGAAAACCAACAGACAGAAUUAAUGUGACCAUAAAGCCUGACCUGUUGAUGGCAAUUUCUGGCUGUACAUCACCUUGUGUUUUGGUGUUAGUUUCUUCCAUUGGUGUUGUGGGCUCUGCAGAACAAAACAGAGAACACAGUGCAAAGUUUUCUCAGUUCCUGAUGCAAGAGCUUGGACUUCCUGAAGACAGGAUUGUUCUACAAUUCCAUCCACUGGAACCUUGGCAAAUAGGAAAAAAAGGAACAGUUAUGACUUACCUCUGAUCUUGAUGCAUACAUUUGUAGCCAAGCCUUUGAUGGGGAAAAAGGAUAUUAAUUACCAGAUGCCUGUUUGUAGGAAUUAAUUUUGCAGUAUAAAAGUUGUCUGAUCUAUA